AUGACCCAGCGCGGGAUGUUCUUGUUCGUCUUUGUCUUCUUCGCGAGCCUCAACUUCCUACUGAGCGUCUUAUUCGCAGUCAUGACGAAGGGGCUUUUUUCCCAAGCCAAAAAGUGGAAUCAAUUUAUAUUCAUGAGAAUAACCACACACAAUGCCCCGCAGAGCCUGUCCUCUUUGGGCUAUACAGUACAUCCCAUCCGCCCUGGAUUAGAAAUACCGUUGACCUCCAAGCAGCUUGUCCUCGCCAGCUUCUCUUUAUGUAUAGUACUCGUUUGUAUCUACGUGGCAGUGGGGAUACCCCAGGAGCCUCGCAAGAGAGUGCUUGCUUGCCUGCCGCUCUUGCUUGUGUCGACAGCGACCGCAAUGGCUCUGGCUGUUCUUUUUAUGGUGCUCCUUUUUGUCGCAGAAGUGACGCUCUAG